GCGACACAGUACACACACAUUUUCCCCCAAAAUCAAAUCACAUACCAAUAGGAAGUGAGAGAGACUUGGUCCUCUCCUCGCACGUUCGAUUCCCACUCCAUUCCAUUACCAUAAUCAAAACCCAAUUACCCCAAAUACCAAAAUUUGUGCUCUCACCAGUCACCACCAGAGCAAAGAAAGAGAGCCAAGCCAAGCAAAGCAGCUCAUAGCAUCACUCUCUCACACACACACACACGCAUACAGCACUCUCUCGCUUUCCAUCCCUACUUUCUCUCAUACCGUUAGUCCCAAAAUCAAACACCUUAACCCAAAAAUCCCUCUCUUUCUCAAAUCCCUUCUACAAUGCCAGCUUCCCCUUCCUUCCCUUCAGAGACCCGCACCAAAUGGAAGAAGCGAAAGAGAGAGCCCCAAAUCUACCGGAGGCAGAUGCACGACGAAGAAGACGAAGACGAAGAAGACAACCACCACGACGACCUAGACCCCCAAAACGACUCCGAGGACCCUCAAUCCGACGCCGUUCCGCUCGAUCCCAACGGCCUUAACGAGAGCGAGGUUUUGUCCGACGCCGGCGCCCGAAUCUCCGACUUCCCUCCGGUCGUCAGGCACGCCGUCAAUCGCCCUCACUCCUCCGUGCUGGCUAUUGCGGCCUUAGAGCGUGCCAAUGAGAGUGGAGACAGCAAGGGCCAGAAUUCGAUGGUUUUGGAGAAUGUUUCGUAUGGUCAGCUCCAGGCGCUUUCCGCCGUGCCUGCCGAUUGUCCCGUGUUCGAUCAGGACAGGAUGGAUGGCGCUGCCGCCGCCGCCGCAGCCGCCGCUGCCUAUGUGAUCACGCCGCCGCAGAUUAUGGAAGGCCGCGGGGUUGUCAAGCGGUAUGGGAGUAGGGUUCAUGUGGUGCCAAUGCAUUCAGAUUGGUUUUCACCGGCUACAGUGCAUCGACUGGAGAGGCAAGUGGUGCCACAUUUCUUCUCUGGGAAAUCACCAGACCACACACCAGAGAAAUACAUGGAAUGCAGGAACUACAUUGUCGCCAAAUACAUGGAAAAUCCAGAGAAGAGGCUCGUGGUCUCUGAUUGCCAAGGACUGGUAGCUGGUGUUGAUAACGAAGAUUUAAAUCGAAUUGUUCGGUUUCUUGAUCAUUGGGGAAUUAUCAAUUAUUGUGCUGUGGCACCAAGUCGUGAGCCUUGGAAUGGUGGGUCCUACUUAAGGGAGGAUCCAAAUGGUGAGAUCCAUGUGCCGUCAGCUGCUUUAAAGUCCAUUGAUAGUUUAAUCAAAUUUGACAAGCCCAAAUGUCGGCUCAAAGCAGCUGAUGUUUAUUCGUCAUUGUCAUCUCAUGAUGCUGAUGCCUCUAAUCUGGACAACAGAAUCCGUGAGCGUCUGUCUGAAAAUCAUUGCAAUUAUUGUUCUCGGUCUCUUCCCACUGUGUACUAUCAGUCACAAAAGGAGAUUGAUACACUACUAUGCUCUGAUUGCUUCCAUGAGGGGAGGUUUGUUACUGGCCAUUCUAGCAUAGAUUUUAUAAGGAUGGAUUCUACUAAUGAUUAUGGUGAUCCAGAUGGGGAAAGUUGGACUGAUCAGGAAACUUUACUACUACUUGAGGCAAUGGAAAUCUACAAUGAGAAUUGGAAUGAAAUUGCCGACCAUGUUGGUACCAAGUCUAAAGCACAAUGCAUUCUUCACUUUCUCCGUCUACCCAUGGAGAAUGGCCUACUGGAAAAUAUUGAAGUUCCAGGCAUAUCAUCCAACUCGUCAAAUGGAGAUGACCGUGGAAGAUCAAAUUCAAAUUAUAAUGGGGAUUCAGCAGGAUCCUGCCAUGAAGAUGCUGAUCCUGAAAGCAGACUCCCUUUUGCAAAUUCUGGGAAUCCAGUUAUGGCCCUGGUUGCCUUUUUGGCCUCUGCUGUUGGACCAAGAAUUGCCGCAGCCUGUGCCCAUGCUUCUUUGGCAGCAUUGUCUGAUGAGAAUGGCUUAUCUGCUUCUGGAAGCAUUAUACAGAUAGAAGGAUCUGGACAUGGUAAUAGGAUGAACUCAGAGAGUGUACAUGGCAGAGAAGGUGUUCGUCAUGGAGAAAUUGCAAAUUCAAUCCAUCAAAAAGAAGAGAAUUCAGGAGUACAUGGUUCAUGGGGUCAAAAUGAGGCAAAGAUUCCAUUAUCUGCAGAAAAAGUUAAAGCUGCUGCUAAAGCUGGCCUUGCUGCUGCAGCAACAAAGGCAAAGCUGUUUGCAGAUCAUGAAGAACGGGAAAUUCAGCGGCUAUCUGCUAAUAUCAUAAAUCAUCAGUUGAAAAGAUUGGAGCUGAAGCUGAAGCAAUUUGCUGAAGUGGAAACGUUUUUGAUGAAAGAAUGCGAACAAGUUGAGAGGACAAGACAGAGGAUUGCUGCUGAGAGGGCCCGCAUGAUAUCAGCUCGAUUUGGAUCUGCUGGGGCCACUUCACCAAUGAUUCUACCAGGUGUUGGUCCUUCCAUGGUUAACAAUAAUACCAGCAACAAUAGGCAACAAAUUAUAUCAGCUUCACCUUCACAGCCGAGCAUUCCGGGAUAUAAUAACAAUCAACCAGUCCAUCCCCACAUGCCAUUUAUGCCGCGGCAGCAAAUGUUUGGAAUGGGGCCAAGGUUGCCCAUGUCAGCAAUACAGCAGUCACCUACUUCAAAUGUCAUGUUCAACUCUUCAGGGAAUGUACAGCCUACUCUCAAUCAACCAAUGCUUCGACCUGUAUCUGGUACUAGCUCUAGUUUAGGUUAGAAAAGAGAACAUUAUAUGAGUUCUCAAUUUUAUGAUUCAAUUCCUUUUGGUGAUUCAUUUCUGCAUUGGAAACGAAAAGGGCAGAAAAAGGUUAAAUGGAUCAGCCAGGAAAUCUGCCUCACAUUUGUCUAUUUUUGAUUUAAACAGAAAUUAGAUGGGGCAGAUAUUGUAGGUCUUGUAAUUGUAUACUGUCAAAAAUAGGAAUUAGUUUCUCCCAAAGCAAAUUAUACUAUGAAAUUAGUGUUCGGAAUAGAUUUGGUUGGCUCAUCCUUGAAUUUAAAAAGUAUAUUCUUUCAUGUUGUUUUGUUUAGAACGCACGUUAUGAGAGGAAAGAUGUAUAUGUCUCUUGCAUAAAAUGUAGAACGGUUAUCAUAACUAACAACCGAAUGCAAUGUGUUGCACACGGUCUGUGCCCCAUGGUGCACGCAACACUGAGUGGGGUGGUUUUC